AAUCGCCAAACAAUCACCAACAUCACCAGUGAUCAGUGUUAUAUAACCAAAUAACAUUGUUAUUAACCACGCACCUAGUGAAAGUGUUACAAAUAAAUUGUGCAAAAGGACGCUCAAGUUAUCUCAGCCACAAGAAAUGAAACGCAGAAGGAGUCUGACCUCAGGCGUCGCGUGACGUGUUAACCAGCCAUGCCUUCAGACGUCUCCACGAUGCGCUACAUACUAUUCUGCCUCCUGUCUCUGUCCUUCAACAGAAACUUCGCCUUCGUGCUCGACAAACAAAACCCUUACUCGCAAUUCCGUAAAUGGAACGCAGGAUUGAAUGGAACACUCGAAUUGGAGUUCAAAACUGACCAGCCAAACGGUCUAUUGUUGUAUACGGAUGACGGUGGGACUUACGACUUUUUUGAACUGAAGCUGGUUAAUGGAGCGUUGAGACUGAGGUAUAACUUGGGGGGAGGGGCGCAGAUCAUCACUGUGGGCAGCAACCUCAAUGACGGACAUUGGCAUAAAGUGCAGGUUGCACGUCGAGAUGAGCAUACGUCUCUCACAGUGGACGGCAGCACGCAGAGCAAAACGUCUCGGGGCAAAGAGUUUAUCUUUGGCAAGUUCAACUCAAACUCCGAUGUGUUCGUCGGAGGAAUACCACCAUCGUACAACUCAAAACUGACAACAUUAGCGCUACCUUCAGUGAUAUUCGAGCCCAAGUUCCGAGGGUCAGUGCGUAAUCUGGUGUACUCCGACCUGCCUGGACAGCCGCCGCGGAGACAGGAGUUGAGGCAUUCCAGGGAUUUGAAGACUACCCGCAUCACCAACGCGAGCGGCGACGCGUGCGAGCGACGCGACCCGUGUCAACAUGGCGGCGUCUGCAUCAGCACCGACGACGGACCCCUCUGCGAGUGUAGGGAUGGAGACUAUGAAGGAGCCUUUUGUGAGAGAGACAAAGCUCCAUCGGAAGCAACAUUUCGCGGCGCAGAGUUCCUUUCCUACGAUUUGACGCAAACCGGCGGAGAGCCCAUAGUGAGCACACAAGACGCCAUAUCACUGUACUUCAAGACACGCCAGCCUAAUGGACUGCUGUUCUACACUGGUCAUGAAGCAGACUACCUCAACCUUGCCGUCCGGGAUGGUGGUGUCUCGCUUACGAUGGGGCUUGGUAACGGCAAACAAGAAAUGCAUAUCAAACCAGCCAAGACGAGGUUCGAUGAUCAUCAGUGGCAUAAGCUGACGGUGCAUCGGAGAAUACAGGAGAUCACGCCGUUUACCAGUUUCUGCAGGGUAUCAGCAGUAGUAGACGACGUGUAUUCCGACCACUCGCACGUGGCCGGCUCGUUCACAAUGCUGGCAUCAUCCAGGGCGCACGUGGGAGGUUCCCUCAACGCCAGGGCUCUGCCCGGAGCGAGGGUCCAUACUAACUUCAUUGGCUGUUUGAAGAAGGUGGAAUUCUCAGCGGAUACCCUUCGGCUGAACCUGAUUGAUCUGGCUCGAACUGGCAGCAAGCUGAUCACCGUCACUGGACGGCUGGAGUAUGUCUGCAGCGCCACUGAUUCUGCAGACCCCGUCACUUUCACUACCAGGGAUGCACAUUUGAUACUACCAAAAUGGGAAGCAGUGAAGACAGGAACGAUAUCUUUCAAGUUCCGUACAAACGAACCAAAUGGGCUUGUUCUCUUCAACAUGGGCGCCAAGCCACCAAGGGCUGAUCUGUUCGCCGUUGAGAUCCUCAACGGUUACAUUUACGUGCACAUUGAUCUUGGCUCCGGAGGGGUCAGGGUGAGAGCAUCUAGGAGAAGAGUCGAUGACUCCCACUGGCAUGACUUCUUGUUGAGGAGGAGUGGCAGAGAUGGGAGGGUCACUGUUGAUGGUGCUAAUGCUGAGUUUAAGACGCCUGGGGAAUCAAAUCAAUUGGAACUAGAUGGGCCAUUGUUCGUCGGAGGUCUUGGCUCGGAGUAUUCCGCAUCAAGAACCCCACCAGCUUUGUGGACAGCGGCACUGAGGCAAGGGUUCGUGGGCUGCAUCAGAGAUCUGGUGCUGAAUGGAAAACCUCAGGACCUUACUGCGUUCGCUAGGCAACAAGAUUCUGCGUCAGUCCGACCAGCCUGCCAUGUACUGAUGAAGCAAUGCGUGAGCUCCCCAUGUCAGCAUGGUGCGUCCUGCUCCGAAGGCUGGAACCGUCCACUGUGUGACUGCUCUAUGACCAGCUAUGGUGGUCCUACUUGUGGCAGAGAAACCGCAACAAUCUUUCUCAACGGCAGCCAGCACCUCACAGCAGCAUUAGGACCAGAACACAUAACACAAACUGAGGAGUUACUGCUGCGGUUCCGGACGACGAGAGCUGGUCUGCUGCUGAGGACUGCUUCUGAACAUUCUGCUGACAGGAUCGAGUUGGCUGUGGCAGCUGGGAGAGUGAGGGCCAGUGUACGACUUGGGGAUAGGGAAAAAAACCUUCUAGCCGGCACGAAUGUAGCGGACGACGCGUGGCACACGGUGCGGUUCUCGCGCCGCGCGUCCAACCUCAAGCUGCAGGUGGACGGCGCGGCGCCCGUGCGCGGUAUGUUAUCUGAGACGAUUUUAGGGAAAGCGUCUACAUUAGAAAUAUCAACGUUACAUUUAGGAGGAUUAUUCCACCCUGAAGAGGAAAUACAGAUGACUUCAACUUUACCAAACUUUGUUGGUUAUCUACAAAAGUUUGUCUUCAAUGGAAUUAGAUACAUAGAUAUGGCUAAGACACUUGGAGUUGGUACGAAUGAGGAAACGAACAAUAUUUAUGAUACGUCCAACUUAAUUUUCACUGGAAAAUUCGUCAAGCCUGAUUCAUUAAACGUUUACAAAUCUGUCACCUUCAAAUCAAAGCAUACAUAUGUUGGGUUGCCACUUUUGAAAGCAUAUGCAAAUACAUAUUUGGACUUUUACUUCCGAACAACUGAAAUGGAUGGAUUACUCUUUUACAAUGGAGGCAAGAAACAAGAUUUUAUUGCAGUAGAGUUAGUAAAUGGGCACAUACAUUGCGUGUUCAAUCUGGGUGAUGGAGUGGUAACUAUGAAGGAUAAAUUGAAGAACUUCUUGAAUGACAACCGGUGGCAUACGGUAUCAGUUAGAAGACCGACUCCAAAGAUACAUACGUUACAAGUUGAUGAUGAUUUAGAAAUGCAUACUACAAGUUCCAAUCUCAUGCUAGAACUAGACAGCGUGUUAUACGUAGGAGGGGUACCAAAAGACAUGUAUACAGCUUUACCUGUGGGAGUUCUGUCUAGACAAGGGUUUGAAGGAUGCAUGUCCAGUCUGGAUCUACCCGGGGAGUCACCGUCGUUGAUGGAAGAUGCUGUCGUUCCUAGUUCUUCUUUGGGGUCGGGAUGUGAAGGGCCUACAAAAUGUACGCAUAAUGCGUGUGCGAAUAAGGGAGUGUGUGUGCAGCAAUGGAACACUUAUGUUUGCGAUUGUGACUUGACUUCAUUUACUGGACCUACAUGUUAUGAUGAAUCAGUAGCAUACGAAUUCGGACCGGGCCGCGGCAUCAUAACCUACACUUUCCAGACAGACUCGGUAGCAGACACGGAGACGGACAAGGUAGCGCUAGGCUUUGUGACCAGCAAAGCUGAUGCCGUACUUCUGAGGAUCGAGUCUUCUAACACACAGGAUUAUAUGCAGAUGGAGAUUAUACGUGGCAACCUCUUCAUGGUAUACAAUGUGGGUGGUGGUGAUCAUCCGCUGGGUGAUGAGACUGCUAGAGUAGAUGAUGGAGCCUACCACGUGGCCAGGUUUACGAGAAAUGGCAGCAGAGCUUCACUGCAACUGGAUAAUUAUGCUGUUAUUAUUAGGCAUCCACAAGGAGGCCAGCAAUCGACAAUCUUCAACGGCAUGUCGACGAUCACAGUGGGAGGUGGUGCCGGCGGUUCUAGGACGUUUAGUGGUGUCAUCGCCGGCAUGGUGGUGGAUGGAGUCAGGGUGCUGGACCUGGCAGCUGCAGGGGAUCCUGCUGUCUCCGUGAGGGGUGACGCGAGACGAGCACAUACACCACUCGAUAGAGAUAUCAACAGGAUGCAGCAGACGCCACCUUCAGGUUAUGGAGGUCCAGGAGUUCUAGAUGAGCUGGUGUACUCUGGUGCUGGUUCCGGCUGUAGAGAUGAUGAUGAAGAUGCUUGUGUGCUGCCCGACGCGGGGUCUGGUGAUGAUCUUAUCACCCCAGUCUAUGUGCCCUCUACGAGGCGUCCGCCGUCUAGGUUGCAUAAGGGUGACACAAGUGGCAAGUUGAUGAAACCGUGUGAUGACGAAGACUGUAUCGAAGGAUCUGGAUCUAAUGUUGAUGAAAUCACAGAACCGGACCAUCCGAUCACCACAUCCGGAGCAAGCAGUACCCACAGUAUGACAUCACCAACUGCCAGUGUCGUAUCUACAGAACACGUGGAUAAAUCUCUAGAAGGUUCUACCGAUGGGUCUACAGGAUCUAGUGAGACUACGAAGAGUAGCACUGAUGGACAGCCCACGUUGCCUGAUCAUGAUAAUAUGCAUGCAGGCACUAUAGAUACAGCAACACCACCUGAGAGAAGAACUACUCCUACUGAUGAUCACUCACACACUCACACAGGCUAUAAAUUCACAACCACACUAACAGGCAGAAAUAUGCCAGAAGAACCAACUCACACUACAGAAGAAGAUUCGAACCACAUACAAGAGUACGAAGACAGACGCGAGAAUGAAAUAGACCCGGGAACACCUACAUUUGAAACUGAAGACAGAAGAGGACCAGGGAAGGUCCAUCCUGAAUACAAUGGGUAUGACGUCACGCCGAAGUGGUACCAUCCGAAAACAACUGAUAAUAGAGUUGUGCCACCUGAGUCAGAAUUCUUUGCGACUAUUGUUGGCAUAGUCGCUUCGGUAUUGAUAGCAAUAAUAUUGAUAGUGAUCCUAGUGCUCAAGUACAUUGUAUUCAAGUUCGACCCCUCGUAUAAGGUAACAGAGGAUAAAAAUUAUCAGCAGGGAGCAAGUGCGGCGCUUUUAGGAAAUCAAGCUCACUCAAGUUACCAGAGUGGAGCAUCAAGCGCUCCGACGGGCGGCGCGGUGCGCAACCUGGCGCCCCUGCCGCUGCACAGGGCCGGCGCCGCGCCCUCCGCGCCCGUGCCCACGCAGCCCGUCAAGCGGGACGGCAUCAAGGAGUGGUAUGUGUAAGCACCUCCACAGAGACGACUGUAGUGUUGUGCGUGACGCGUGACGGACAUAUCAGGAAACUAGUGAGUGAAUCUUAGACGCUUCGAAUCGAACCUCGCCGGAACAUUGGGCGCAAAUGCUUUAACAUGAUAAGAUAUAAUGACUGAAACGCAAGUGUUUUUAGUAUUUUGUAAAUAUUAAUUGAUAAUGUUUAUAGAUGGGUCACUUGUGUGUACGGAUGCGAUUGUUGAGACUUGUACAUACUAGAUUUGUAGUGUCUGUUAUCUGAAUGUCAUUCUCAGAACCAAUAUCUUUUAGGAAGUUGCUAAUCUUCACAUGAGACGUUGUUUCAUCCAAAACUGCUACAUAGUCUAGUAUGCCAAGGUUCUGAUAGAAAAACCUAGAGAAUAUGGAAUUGCAUUUUACUAUUGUAUAGUUAGUUUUGUUUGUUUUUGUUACUGAUGUUUUAUUGUUAAACCUUAGCUUUUCUGACCUGUAAAUUGCUAUGAUUCAUGUACCUAUUUGCGACUUAACUUUUCUAUCUACAUUGCCUUUAAUAGUUUAAAUUAAACUAAGACUAAUGUAUAUUGGUUGUAGACAAUCAAUUGUUGGUAUAUUACAAUUGGCUCCAUAUUUUAUUUUAUUCAUGCUUAAUUUAACCAUAAGCAAUAUCACAAACUUUUAAGGAGAUAAUACUUUUGGUUAUGAAGUUUUGCGCCGCUUAUUCAUAUCACUCAUUUCUAAUUGUAAUAUACCAGCAAUGCUUGUUGAUGAACUCGACUAUCUAAGACAUAAGAUGAAAAUGCUAUAUUUGGAGCUGCCAUCACGAAAUUGAAGCAUAUCGUUCAAUUGAAGACUACAGUACUUUUACGAUUCUCAAUAAUCUUUCCUAUAUAUAUUAGAUGUUAUACAAUAUUUUUAAAUAGGCGGGGUGAGGCGAGUAGCAUAGAAAAAGGAAUCAUAAUCAUCAGAGUAUAAGAUCUAAAUUCGCUUGGAGUUAGAAAUGAAAACAGGUAUAUUAUUGUAGGACGCGUAACAAGUGAGCUUGUAGAUUUGGUAUGGAAUAUAGAUGUUCUGAGUUUUAACAUAUCCUCCAUAGAAUAUUCUGUAUUUGUUUUGGGACACUUCAAUGAAUAAGUCAUUCAUGAAAAUCUUGGUUAAGCCGAACUCUCAAAACUUUCUAGCUAGCCAAGAGUUUCAUUAGUGAACAAUUUCUUAUAUUCCCUCCCUCCCUUAUAGAUUCAUUUGCUCAACUUGUCCUUGUUACUUUGAUCUCAGGCCUAAUUGACUUAUAGUGAGAAAGUUAAUUAAUUAUAAAUAUGCAGUCAAUUUAAACUCAAAUUAAUUAAAAUGUGUGAAGGUGAGAUAAGGAUAUCUUUUAAAUGGCAUGUAAAAUACGAUGUUUCAUGAAAAUAUGCAAUAAGGUAUGUCAAGGGAAUGGUUCUUAAGAAAGCAUUUGACACACUUCAGCAAGGGUUCAUGAUAGUAGGAGACCCAGCGUGCUGAAUUACAUUAACGUAAAAAUCAUCAGAAUUCAUGAAAUAAUCAUCAAAAGCUUUUCGCGAAGAGAGAUGGCUAUAAAACGUUGUAAAAUGUCAUAGAAGUAUUGGAGUGCCACAAGGACCCGAUAUUUGCCCGCUAUUACUAUCGUUUGAUGUAAAAUCUCCACAACGCUAAAUUAUGUUAUCACCACCAAGUUUGAACACGAUGUCAAUAAGAGUUAAAAAUAAUGUUAACAAACUACAGUAAAUUAAUUGGCAAUGUCUCUUCAGUAACUCUAAGCUAUCUUCUCUGACAACUAUUUUAUAGCGUCAAGCAAUUUUCUGGCUAUCCUCCCGAAAAUAUUGCAUGCAAUUUCCUCUUGAACCAUAACUUAUACAAAAGCUGCUUAUAUUUUUACAUCUAGUGUGUAUUUGUACAUCCACCGUCCCAAUUUCCUCUUUCCGAUUAAUAAAACUUGAAUUAGCUUUAAAAUAAGACGAAAAAAUAACAUAUUUAUAUAGAUUGUUAUAAAGCACAGGUUUUAGGUAUUUGAAGUUGCAUUUAAUGUCAUGUUGGAGUGUAUCGAAUAAAGAUGAGCGAUUCAAUUGGCGUCUCGCACUUGUAUCUAAAUCAUUGCAUUUCAUCGUUAAUUUCUUGCUAGAAGAAAAAUAGGAUAGAACAACCAUAUCAAGUGAAGCCAAUUUUCUAAACAUUUACUUUGUAUAAACAAUUUUUCUUCGGUGAAGUUUUUUGACCGAAUAUACUCGAUUUCUUUCCUCCAUCACUUGAACGCCAAUUCGUCGUUCAUCUUUAUUUUGUACAAGAAACACAGCAUUUAUUGUAAAUAGUUACUCAAUAUAAUACUGUAAACAUAAGCGGUACUGUACGGUGUAUGUAACACUCGUUUUACGGCACAAAAUGUUAGUAAAAACAAUUUGUUUAUCUGUCAAUUUUAGUGGUAAUUUAGUGUGUUAAUCAUUUAUACCGUGAUGUAAUUAUAUUGUCAUUAUAGAUUACCCUACAGACAUUAUUAUAAAGGACAGUAACUUAAUUAACAACAUCGAAGAAAAAAGUAAAACUGUAAACUGCAUUGCUGUGAUUCAAAAAGAACUAAUAAAAUAUGCAAAAGAAAAUAUCAGUUUUUACCACUGAACACUACACAAACAAUACAGAAGGAGAUGUUACGCGAAAUAGUGAAAAAAAAACAAAAACGAACAAUCAUACAAAAGGUAAUGCGGAUAUUAAUAAAUUGACCAUUGCAAACCAGGUUAGCAGAUCAUCAAACAUUUAAAUAGGUAUUUGGUAAAUAAACAAACAACACUGAUGUUGAUAUAGCUGGAAUUCACAGAUAAUCCACUAUUUUAUAAUAGUGUCUAUAGGGAAUUAAUUGGAAAAUAAUUUUAUUUGUUAACCAAGUUCAACUGAUGUUCGUUACUCACGAUUCCGGUCGGACCAAUUUUAGUUUCAAUGUAAAAGCGACAGUUUUUAAAAAUAAUAAUAUAUUAUGUAAAUUACAU